AUGGAAGCAGCAACACCAAAACGCCCUCGACGUGCAAAGGCACCAACAACAAAGGCAUCCAAGAAGAACACACCCACACCGACACUUCCACCUCCCGAACCAACAUCAGCAACAACCUUCUUUGCGAUCCCCGAACUCGCAGAAACCGUCGGCAGAUGCCUCACCUCAAAAGAUGACCUCCUCCAUCUCUCCAUGACAAACAGGCUCCUCUACCAAACCGUCUCUCCCCUCUUCUGGUCCUCCCUCGACCUCUAUGACACCGCACGGGCAAGGAGGCUUGCACAGUCUAAGCAGGCACACAAGGCGUUGAGCAGGAACUUUGAAGAUAUCCGGGAACUCAAGAUUCAGACCAGUACCCUUGUAUAUUUCCUCAACUGCAUGAUCCGGCACCCGGACGACAAGUGCGACAACCAAACCCUCACUACUGCUUCCACAUCAACUUCCUCUGCAACUUCUUCGUCACCACUACCCAACCCUAUCUCUACAACCCUCCCGAGAUUGACCCGACUCACGACGCUGGAGUACAGGACGGAAAAGAACCAGGACAAGAACCUUCAACUUACAGACGCCUACCCCGAGAUCGCCGUCAUGCCAAGGCUCACUUGGCUCCUCAACCUCAACCACUCCCUAACGCACGUCCGUGUGAGCGGUUGCCGUGUCCGAUCGCCUUUUGACGCCCACCUGUUCAUGCAAGCGAUCCCUAGCCUCAAGUCUCUAAAGGAACUCGAUCUCAACUUUCGAAUGUCCCCUGUCCGGUGGGAGAUUGUCGUCGAGUUGCUCUUUUUCAGCCUCCCUGUCUCAAUCGAGGCCGUCUCGCUUCGUUCGAGAAAGGUCGAGGAUGCACUUACGGGACCUUCGUCGGAGAUCCAGGAUACAGAACUUUCAGGAUUACUUGGCGAACGUCGGGCGCUGUUCAGGCGGCACGCACCUCUGGAUCGGCUGCGGAGGCUCCUGGUCGAGUUUGGGCGGUGGGAGGAUACGAGGCUUUUGUAUACCUUCUUGCAGGAUUGUCCGGCGCUGGAGACGUUUUCGCCGCCUUGUUGGGAUGAGGCGGAUUUUCGUCCCAUUUCCAAUGCUCUUGCCCGGGCUGCUGCCAAACACUGUCCCCGACUAAAGGAACUGGAUACAUGUGGUGUGGGAACAAUCGACCUCAUCGACGCCCUCCCUGAACACUCUUUAACAGCGAUCAGGAGUAGGAAUUUUUUUGCGGCAGAGUAUGUCGGCCCCACCUUACAACUGAUCUCAACGAAACACUUCCGCAGUCUUACAGAGGUGCGGAUCGAGGAGUGCCCCCAUGUCAGUAGACAUGCCCUCCAAGCUAUCCUCUGGACGUGCGCCGCUUUGGAGCAUCUUAUUGUCAAGGGACCAACUAAUCCGUCGAUACGACUUAGACACUUGGUGGAGAAAGAUUGGGUGUGCACGAAACUCAAGACUUUGGAGAUCACGGUGGAACUGCGCCAGGAGGUCUUUCCUACGGAUUACAAGAGUCCGUUACCCAUCAUCAUGGAGCUUACAUGGACCUUGCUUAGGAAACUCUACCGCCAACUCGGGGCCUUGCGCGACAUGGAGGUACUGGAUCUCAGGAUCAAGUCCAAGGAAUUGGAGUGGCUGGAUGAGCACGGGCAGGAGAGAAGUGUCGCCAAAGUCGAAAUUACUCCACCCAACGGCCAAGCAACACGGACCAAAACCGUUCGUCCCCCUGCGGCACAAUUCGACGAUGUUGAUCUCUGGAGCGCAGAUGAGAAUGAAAGCUUGCCGCAUCUUAAGAGAGACCAGAAACUCGUCAGUGCCCAAAACGCAGACGCUUCCUUCCCUGGUUUGCUUUCCUUGGGCGACGAAACUACAGGUCGACCGGGGUACUUGAGCUGGUUGGGUGGGUUGACGAAACUGAGGGAGCUUCGGGGUUAUGUCCAGGCGACUACUACGGAGACAUCCAAGACGACAGGCCGGAAGGAGCUGGAGUGGAUGUUGGAGCAUUGGCCCAAGCUGGAAGUUGUCGAGCUCUUGCAUGCUAUGAAAGACCAUCGUGGCGUCAAGCGGCACCUACUUACUAUGGACUUGUCGCCUCCACACAUUGUCUGGUUCCGACAACACCGACCCGAUAUCCAGAUCACCCAAGACAGUCCAUCCGUACUUUGA